UAAUGCUAUGUUUGGAUUGAUGGUACAUAACGGAAUGGAGCGGAAUGGAAUAAGAUGGAAUGGAGCGGAGCGGGAUGGAAUGAAGCAUAAAAUGUAUUCCAUUGUUUGGACAUUUUGUAUUCCAUCCCAUACACCCCAAAAUUGGAGGGGAAGAAAAAUAAGAGAAAAUGAUGGAAUGGGAUGGAAUCCAUACCAUCACAUACCACUCCAUUCCAUUCAUUUUUAAAGAAUCCAAACAAUGGAACUUCACUUCAUACCACCACAUACCACUCCAUUCCAUCUCAUACCAUCAAUCCAAACAAAGCCUAAAAGUAGAAAAAAAAACCUAACGGCGAAAAUCCCUUAAAACUGAGCGAAAUUCAAAAGCAAGUAAACAGCUUUUGUUGGAUGAAUCCAUCGAAGAAGAAUUUGAAAAUGCAGUCGACGAGCGUUGGUAGCAAGGAGGAAGGCAUGAAAGUGACUGAAGAGGACACACACAUCAAACUCACAUUGAAGAUGGGUCAUUUUGGGAGUCCAUUUGUCUACACAAUGAAAAGAAGCUGUCAAUUCAAAAAGCUCAUGAUUGAUUACAGUGAUAGGUACUCUAGAGAUUUUAAUUCAGUGUUAUUUUCAGCUGGCCGAGGUUGCAUCGAAGAAGAGAAGACUCCAAAUGAGCUGCACUUGAAGGACGGGGACAUAAUAUAUACAAAUUUCCGAUCUGGCAACAUCAUGCUCAAGAUCAAAGGCCAGGAUGGGUAUGAAGCUUCGUUCGAAAUGCGUUUUAAUUCUCGAUUGGAAAAGCUUAUGGAUUUUUAUUGUCGUAAAUAUUGUUUGGAGGUUACUGAAGUUGCUUUUCUUUUCAAUGGGCGUUUCCUCCGAGCAGAUCAGACACCUUCCAAGCAAUACUUGAAAAUCAUCUUAAACUUCAAUGAUAAUUGACAUUGGAGAUCGGACCCCGAAUGUAGAAGUUCAUGGUCAUCCUUGUGGUAACAUAUGAGAUAGUGACUUAGCCGGUGUCAGUUUGGCGAAAACAGGAGAAAACAAAUGGCGUUCCUUCACAUUCAACUCAUUUGUUUUUUCCUUGUCUUUUCUAACAAAUAUGGAUCAGGUCAGCAUCUCAAUCAUAAGAACAAAGAGGAUAAUGAACUUCUACUUUUAGAGGGCGGCGUCAGUUGUCGUUGGUGUCCAAGACCCUCUUAGAGUCACCAAACGUUCUGUGAUUCAUUGUUCUGUGAUUUUGGUUCCCAACAGACCAGUAACUAACAACAUAUUACUGUUAGUAAUUGUUUUUAUUUAUGGCUUGAAACA